UGAUUUCUGGUGCUUAUUUUUAAUAAUUUUUUUUAGGUAUGUUAAGCUUGUCAUAUAUUCAAUGGACAAGGAUUGGAUGCAAAUUAAGAAUAGAGCCCUUUUACAAUAUAGGAGAGGUGUCAAGGAGUUCUUAGAUUUUACCUUUAGUCAUAAAAAGGAUGAUAAGAUAUAUUGUUCGUGUUUUAAAUGCAAUAAUUGCCUUAGAAAAUCUCGUGAGCAAGUAGAUUUUGAUCUUCUAAGUCAUGGCAUAGUGAGAAAUUAUACAAUUUGUUACCACCAUGGAGAAUCGCUACAAGAUGAGUCACCCUAUUCAAGUUCAUUUGAUAGUGAGGAUGAUUAUAUGGAUAAAGAUGACAUGAAAAAUAUGUUAAGGGAUCAUUUUGGAGUUUGGGAUAUAGAAGAGGAUAUUGAAGAACCUAAUGAAGAGCAUAUAGAAGAGGAUAUAGGAGAACCUUAUGAAGAGCAUGUAGAAGAACCUAAUGAAGAUGCAGCAAAGUUUUACAAACUUUUGGAUGAUUCUGAGAAAGAACUAUAUCCAGGAUGUACGUAAUUUUCAAAGCUCUCAUUUUUUAUGAGAUUAUUCCAUAUUAAAUGUCUUGGUGGAUGGAGUAAUAAAUCAUUUUCUAUGUUACUUGAGUUAUUGAAUGGUUCCUUUCCAAAAGGGGUACAACUACCGGCAUCUUACUAUGAAGCUAGGAAGAUUAUUCGAGAUCUUGGCUUGGAUUAUGAGAAAAUAGAUGCUUGUAUUAAUGAUUGUAUGCUAUUCUGGAAAGAUCAUGAUAAGAAAGAAACUUGUGAUCAUUGUGGUGCUUCAAGGUGAAAGUUUGAGGAGAAAGAUGGAAAGAUAAAAAAAAUUCCUAUAAAUGUUCUCCGUUACUUUCGAAUAACUCCAAGGCUUAAAAGGUUAUAUAUGUCAACGAAGACAGCAUUUGAUAUGAUAUGGCAUGAUGCAAAGCGAAUUGAUGAUGGGUAUUUACGUUAUCCAACUGACUCAGAAGCAUGGAAAUCAUUUGAUGAGUUACAUAAGUCCUUUUCUGAUGAACCUAGAAAUGUAAGGCUUGGAUUAGCAAGUGAUGGGUUUAACCCCUUUGAAAAUAUGAGUACUAAAUAUAGUAUUUGGCCUGUGGUACUUAUACCAUAUAACUUGCCACCUUGGAAAUACAUGAAGGAUUCUUAUCUGAUGUUAUCAUUGCUUAUACCGGGUUCAAAAUCUCUAGGAAAGGCAAUAGAUACAUAUCUAAGGCCUUUAAUUGAAGAAUUAAAAGAAUUAUGGAAUAUAGGAGUUGAUACCUUUGAUGCAUAUGAAAAAAAAUUUCAAAAUGCGUGCAGCUAUAUUAUGGACAGUAAAUGACUUUCCAGCAUAUGGAGAUCUAUCUGGAUGGAAUACGAGAGGGGCA